AUGAUAUAAGAUCAAGACCUGUAGCAUGGACGCGCAUUGCCGCUCAAGCUUGGGGGGCGGAGCAAACGUUUCCGAGCGGCACUGACGGAGCCUGAUCGGAGGACAAAGCAGGUAAUAUAAAGCCCUCUUAACGAGAGCAGCUAAAAGGACGUCUUUUGUAGAUUCCGACUGAGACUACGUGCAACACCGAAAGACAGCCAUGAAGUUGUUGACCAUCCUCCUCGGCACCGCCGCUGCCGGUUCGGCACUGGCCGGACCAGCCGGUGAUGUCCCGACCCCUACGACCAAGACAACCAAGCGAGCCAGCAAGUUCCAGUUUGUAGGCGUCAACCAGUCGGGCGCCGAGUUUGGCCAGGAUACACUCCCCGGUCAGCUGGGCAAGCAGUACACCUGGCCGGCCAAGUCGAGCAUCGAUACCUUGAUUGGCAAGGGGAUGAACACGUUUCGAAUUCCCAUCAUGAUGGAACGCUUGAUUCCGACCGAAAUGACCGGGAGCAUCAACACGACAUACUCGCAGGGACUCACUGACAUCGUCUCGUACAUCACCGGCAAGGGAGCCUAUGCGGUCAUCGACCCCCAUAACUUCGGCCGGUACUACUCGCAGGUGAUCACCGACGUGGCAGGUUUCCAGGCCUGGUGGACAACCACAGCCAAGCUGUUCGCCAGCAACGACAAGGUCAUCUUCGACACCAACAACGAGUACCACGACAUGGACAACACGCUCGUCAAACAGCUCAACCAGGCCGCCAUCGACGCCAUCCGCGGCGCCGGCGCCACGUCACAGUACAUCUUCGUCGAGGGUAACUCGUGGACAGGAGCAUGGACUUGGGUCUCCUCCGGCAACGGCGCCACCCUCCUCUCCCUAACCGACCCCUCCAACAAGCUGAUCUACGAAAUGCACCAAUACCUCGACACCGACGGCUCGGGCACCCACCCGGAGUGCGUCUCGUCCACCAUCGGCAGCGAGCGCAUCCGCGAGGCCACCGCCUGGCUCAAGGCCAACGGCAAGAGGGCCGUCCUGGGCGAGACGGCCGGCGGCGCCAACGCGCAGUGCAUCGCCGCACUGAGGGGGAUGCUGGCCGAUAUGAUGUCGGCCAAUAGUGACUCGUCGGAUAACGUGUGGACCGGCUGGCUCUGGUGGGGCGGUGGUCCGUGGUGGGGGGAUUAUAUGUAUUCCAUUGAGCCGCCGAGUGGUGCUGCGUACCAGAGGGUGUUGCCUAGUCUGACGCCGUAUAUCUGAAAGGUUGGGAGCUUGGG